GAAUAGUAAGGUAUCCCACCAGACCAACAGAGAUUAAUUUUUGCUGGAAAGCAAUUAGAAGAUGGCAGAACUCUUGCUGAUUACAACAUCCAGAAGGAAUCCACGCUUCAUUUGGUUCUUAGACUCAGGGGAGGAACUAUGAUCAAGGUCAAGACUCUGACUGGAAAAGAAAUUGAAAUUGAUAUUGAACCAACUGAUUCCAUUGAUCGGAUCAAGGAAAGAGUUGAAGAGAAGGAAGGAAUUCCUCCAGUUCAACAGAGGCUGAUCUAUGCUGGGAAACAGCUUGCAGAUGAUAAGACUGCAAAAGACUACAAUAUUGAGGGGGGUUCUGUUCUUCAUCUUGUUCUUGCACUAAGAGGUGGUGGUAAGUGAUAAGUGGUAAGUGGUAAGUGGUAACAAUCAAGAAAGACUACAUGUUUACCAAAGUUUAGUAAUGAAACUAUGUAUAUGGCUGCAUACCUUAGUCUCAUUUGGCUUUUUUAUAUUUUUAUUUUAUGAGCAUUUAUUUGCACUUGAUGUCAUUUGAAAACAAAUUGAGCUUUUAUCCUAUAUCUUUGCUAUAUUUUGUUAAA